AUGCCAUCGUGUUAUCCAUAUCGAAAACGCUGUAAUAAAACAGACCAAGCUGGCACAUUCGACAAAAGUGAGGAGUUCUGGAGGAAUAAAGCGCCAGUUUCGCCAGUGACAUGGAUUUGGACAAUAAUUAUGGCAUAUAGCGAUGAAGCGUCGAAGCGAAAAUGCUACCACGAAAACAAACACGAAAAUAUCUGACAAGAGAAAAUAAAAAUUAACUGUUGUGAUGAUGAUGCUGAUGAUGAUGGUGAAGAAGCUGAUGGUAAGGUUAAUGAUAAUGAUGAUGAUGAUGAUGAUGAUGAUAAUGAUGAUGGUCAUGAUGAUGGUAACGGUAAUGGUAAUAGUGAUGCUUGUGAUGAUGGUGAUGAUGAUGUUGGUGGUGGUGGUAACGUUGAUGAUAAUGAUGAUGGUGGUGGUGAUGAUGAUGACGAUGAUGAUGAUGGUAUGACAAUAAUGAUGGUGAUUGAUUGAUUGAUUAAUUUGUUUGCUUAUUACUUUGUUAACAGAUUUAUUAUACAAGGAAGAAUACAUGGCGGAACAACAAUAAAACACGAAGUCCGUGAUUGGUCUAUGCGCCCACCCCUAGUAAAUAAAAAAGAGAACCUAAUCCCAGACACCGUUUUUAGUAAUAGUAUAACAAUCAAAACGAAUGAGGAUGAUAGGUAAUGCUAUGAUGAUGAUGUUUUGUUUUAAAGCAAAAUAAGUAUCGCAUAAGAAAUUCACCAGGUAAAUCAAUCAUAAAGGUCAAAUGACAGUAAAAGGCCUCUGAGAAAUGGCUAUCGAUCUCUCCGGGGACUUGGUGGGAAAUUUUGAGCCACAACGGGCGCGCCCUUUGACCCAACUCUCACACUAUCGCAAUGCUACUAAAGGGAAGAUAUCGAGAAUAAGAUGUGUUUACCUGACAAGGUCAAACAAGACGGCAAUCUUUGACUGAAAUUCUUUUCACAUGAUGUAAUAAUGAUAAGACUCAGGAAGCCUAUGAACCACCAUAGUUCAAGGAGAAAUCUCUGGCAUGGGCGCUCCAACAACUCAAAACGUUUACAGGCAGACAACUUAUCAUUCGGGCACAAACUGACAAGCGAGAGAACAACGUAUACUGGAACCGCGAGGACAGUCAUAAACGCAGCACAAAAGAAACUUAG